AUGAGUCAAAGAUUUCAAGCUAAAAUCUCGUGGUUUCAUGGGUUCCUAUCAUUUUUGGAGGAUUAUUGUAGUCACAAGGAUGUCUUCAAAAAUGCUGGAGGUUCUAUUUUAAAAGCAGGCGUUAACGUUAUAUGUGAAAGUUAUAAAGAACUGGAAACAAUGAAAUUAUCAUCAGCACAACAGAAUUUAAUACGACAAAUGGCCAACAUUUUCCGGAUUUCUGUGCAGUGGGGAAGUGUUCCUUUCAUUGUAUACUUAGGAUUUCGUCAUGGUGCAGACCCACAACCCAGUGGUGAAAUAAUACCACUAUCACUGACUGGUCUUUUCUAUGGUUGA